AUGAGCUCCGUCUCUCUGCCGCAAUCUAUUUUGCAGGACAGACGGCUGUAUGAAGUCUUGGGCAUUGCCAACUUCAGCUCGAGCGAGGAGGUGCGCGUGGCGUUCCGGGCUCUCGCGCUAAAGAAUCACCCCGACAAAAACAUCGGUGACCCCUCUGCGGCCGAUCGCUUUCGCGAGGUCAGCCGCGCCUAUGAGGUGCUGGCCAGCCCAGAGCACAAGAAGAAAUACGAUGUGGCGCUGCGUGUAGCGCUCGGGGGUAGUAACCGCCAUGCCUCCCCGGGCCAUCUCGGCUCGAACCCGUACAGCGUGAGUCCGGUGGCUAUGUCAGACAUUUACAAGGAUGUGUACAGACAACAGGCGGAGCGCGCAACAACCCGCACGCGUCCUUCCUCAGCCGCACCGCAGGGGGCGCCGGCGGCGGCGAAGUCGCACUACACCAAAGCGCAGCAGGAUCUGUUUCGCAAGCGAGAGAAGGAGCGACAGCAGGAGCUGCGCAGGCAGCUGGAGAGGGAGCGCAAGGAGCAGCGGGAGCGGGAGCGGGCUGCGCUGCGCAGAGAGCAGGAGAAGCAAGAGGAAUUGCUGCAACAGCGGUGGCAGCAGCAGCAACAGCAGCGGAGCUUUGCACCGCGCAUGGCCACUUGCGCGGCCACCGCCAAGCGCACCAGCAGUACGAGUACCGUUGGCACGAGCAGCGCUCGCUACGGCGGUGGUCUUCGCGGGGCGGAGGGCAGCAGUCGCACCGCCACACCGCGACCCGGACACGUCACGCCGCGCGCUGCCACCGGAGUGGCAGCAGACGAUGGGCUGAGUGGUCGUCACGCGCCUGCAACACCGAACACCGUGCGGUUGAACACGCCUGCGCGUAGCGGCACCCCGCGAGUGCGCCAAACACGGCCGUCGACGCCCUCACCGGGUCGUCGCAACAGCGAUCGUUUUGGCGAUACCACUCCGACUUCCACCGCUAAGGAGAACCAAGAAGACCGGAGAAGACAUAGGGAGAAUGGCGGAGGUGGUGGCGGUCAUGAUGUGUGGUUCACCCCUCUCACGAGCCCCACGGAGGGCAGCGUAUACGUCCUGCACACCAGCACCCUCAGCAGCAGCCGUAAUGAGGGGGUAGAGAUACUAGAGGAUGACGAUGACGCAGCGGCCUCAAGUCUUCCGCAGACAAGCCUUUUUAUGGGGUUUACAGCCGCAGAGCUCGGCACUACGUCGACAGCAGCGGAGGGGAACACCAAAAGCACAAGUGAUCAUAAUACUCGAACCGGUAAACAGGAGCUGGCAAACGGGCGCGCAGCAUCCUUCUCCGGCUACGAAUCGCCGCGACAGCCUUCCGACGCAGCCACAACGGGGCCCAGCAGGUUAAAUGGACACUCCCACUCCCCGAGAAGAUCGAGCCGGGAUCCAGUUGCUGCGCCGGCUGCUGCGAGCAACAACACGAACAACAGCAAGACGACAACGACGCCACGGCAACACGCAACACCGCGUGGAUUGACCAGUGCGUACAGCACACGCACCGCCGCGUUCCCCUCCGCUACCACACCUCGCACCAAACCAGUCAUGAGCGGCGUGGCAGCAGACUCUGCCUCUUCUUCGUCUGCACGAACUCGUCCUGUGGUGGACGGGGCAAGGACAUCGAAGCUGGUGCCGCGUCCCAAGACGAACUCGACGGCUCCUGCGGCUUCUGCGCAGCCCGUGGGCGUCACCCCUUGCUUGGCGGAGUCGGACAAGGAGCUACUGGAGAAGCAGCGGACGAAGUGGCUCGCCAAUGAGAAGGGGCGACAGCGGACUGUUCGAUUGACAGAGGAGGGGCAACAGUUUCAGCGAGCUGCACGCGCCAUGAAGCAGCAGCAGCAGCAGCGACGGAACGCAACCAACGGUGCCGCUGCUGUUGCCGCAGCCGCAGAGGAAGAUGUUCGACUCACCAAGGAGGAGUUGCUGAUGUACGUGCAGGCGGACGAGACGAGUGAGCGGCAGCAGUUCAUCGAGCGGGAAGAGCAGCUCGCCUGGCGCCGCCUACAGCGACAGCACCUUACCCUUCUCGCUGAGACCGCCUUUAAGAAGAAGGCCGCCGCGCUGAUGAUGGAGGAAUGGGCGCGGCGCAGCAGCAUCAGCAGCGCGGCACAGAAAGACGGGUGUGUGCUGGGCUGCCUCGUGCAAGAAGGACGCGGACGAGGUAUCAUGGAGUGGCGGGAAGGACGUGAGCGACGGCAUCUGAAGGGGCGCGAGGCGGCCGACAGCUACCAUGUGCAGCGGCUUUCCCAAAGGCGAUCGGCGCUGCUGGCGGACGAGGCGAAUCAGCGGCGCUCGCUCGUCCAGGGCGCGUUGAAAAUGGUCGCGGUGCUGCACCUGCAGGAUGCGGAGGAGCGGCAUCGCGUGUCUCUGCUGCGGGAGGUGCAGGCAACUCGUCGUGCCCUCUGCACAUCUUUCGUAACAACGAGGGGAGCAACGCAGGGCGUAGAGAAGGGAAAGGACGGAGAGCAGCAGCGCCAGAGCGGGCAUGCACUACCUCCAGGGAAGGUUAGCGAGGCUGCGAAUGAGGUCGCGGAGGACGACGACUGGCCUGUGCUGAACCCUUCCGUGGCGUUCACAGCGCACCGGCACUCAGACCCACGGAAAAGCAGCAGUGUCAACAACAGCGGUUCCGUGGAAGGGAACGCCGACCUCGCGACGGUCGUUCCACUAGCAAAUGAUGCCUCGCCCGUGCGGCCAGGGUCGACAGGUUCCUUCCACACCGUCUACAGCAGGAACAGCAAUGAAGGCACUGCUGCUGCUGCUGCUAGUGACUUGAACACAUCGUCUGCAAGACACGCGCGCAGCUCAGCGGGUUCAAGCGCCGUGAAGGGAGAGCGACGAACUCCCGCAGAUGCUCCUUCGACUACCCGUGCGGUCGAGCGGCGUGUGCAGCUGCUGCUCAUGGACGAGGCACGCCAGCGCGGCCUCCUCGUGAGCCAGCGGCACCACGAAGAAGUCGCCCUCCGCCACCGCCGCGCGACCGCCCUCCACCGCAUUUUCGCCAAAGAAAAGGAAGAGGCGCUGCGGCAGGCGCAGAAGGCGGCGCAGGCAGAAAUACGCGCGCUGCAGUCGGAGCUGCGGCUGCUGCAGCGCCAGCGUGACGCCGCCUCCGCGCUGUCGACCCCGCUGCUAAACGGAAGUUUUUCGUCUUCCGUGUCGCCACCGCGGGUGAUGACCGGGGCACUGCCCCCGCCUCCGUUGCAGUCCACCCCGCUGUCCCUUCCACGCGGCGGCGGCAGUUCCACGGACACGCCGCCCAUGAAGCCCGCGGUGGUGACCGGCCCGCCUAUUGGUGGUGCGGUGGCAGAGACCGCAGCGGCGACGACGAGGCGCACCCCGGCUCGUUCUGCGCCGAUUGUGGUGGUGACAGGUGCACCUGCAAGGCGGCACCGCGUCACCUCCACGCGUGGAUGGAAGGCGCUGCCGGACUCGGACGUGGAGGAGAACGAGUAA